AUGCCAUCAAACAAGCUUCGCGAAGCCACUAGUGGUAGCUCGCGGGGUGCUGCGACGAGGCGCUCGCAUAAUGUGUUCACUGAAAAUCCUAUUGUGACCGGCAAGCGCGCUAGUAGAUCAAAGAAGACGUUCGUUGAGGUAAACACCAGCGACGAAGAGGAAGAGGAUGAAGACCUGGAAGACCAGGAAGAAGACGAGGUUGAUGACGAGGAUGCGCCUGGUGAGGAUGAAGAAGAUGAAGACGCUGAUGCAGACGGUGAUGUGGACAUGGACGACACUCCUCCUCAGCCGCCAGUGUCAAGAAGGGCAAAGGCUGCUGUAACAUCUGCGCCCAGGGGGAAGCAGGCGAAGCCCGUGGAAACAAAAGAGAUGGAGCUCGACGAAGACGAAGAGGAGGAUGAUGAAGAGGAGCUAUCUGAGCCAGAGUCGGAUGCCGACGGCGAGCCUGACGAUCAAGAGGAGGGAGUAACACUUAACAUGGAUGAGGGGGGCGAGCCGGACGAGGACGAAGAGGACGAAGAGCUGGACAGUGACGGUGAACUGCCGGAUAUGAGCAAAUUGACCAAGAGACAGCGAGGCUCUCUAGGAAACGACUUCUUGCAAUUGCCGAUGGAGCCGCAAAUCAAGAAGCACCUGACGGCCGAAGAACGAGCAAUGCGCCGUGCUGAAAUGGCCCGUCGCCGGAAGAACCUGAGCGAGAAGCGCAACGAGGAAGAAAAGAUGGACACGAUCAACCGACUUCUACGAAAACAGGCGCCAAAGCGACGCGGCCGAAUUCCUGCUGCCGAGGCGGCCGAGAACGCUGCUGCAGACCAGGAAGCAGCGGCGGAAUUCGAGCCCGUGGACCCGACGAUGGUUAGAUGGCUCAGUGGCCGCGAAGGCAGCCGAGUCGCUGUGCCAGAGGAGUGGAUUGGAAUUUCCCCAGGGCGUAUCUUUGGAGGAACCGCAAGGAAGCUCGUUGAGGAACUAUAA